AUGUUCAUAUCUAUCUAUCUAUCUAUCUAUCUAUUAUCUAGCUAUCUAUUUUAUUUAUCUAUCUAUCUAUCAAUCUAUCUAUCUAUCUAUCUUCAUUAUCUAUUUUUAUAUCAUAUCUAUCUAUCUAUGAAAGCUAUUAUCUAUCUAUCUAUCUAUCAUCACCAUCUAUCUAUCUAUCUAUUUUCAUAUCUAUUUCUAUCUAUCAGUUUCUUUAUGAAAAUCUAUCUUUAUUCAUAUCUAUCUAUCUAUCAAUCAAUCUAUCUAUCUAUCUAUCUUUCAUACCUAUUUUAUCUAUUUUCAUAUCAUAUUAUCUAUCUAUUAUCUAUCUAUCUAUCUUAUUUUUAUUCUAUCUAUCUAUUAUCUAUCUAUAUUAUCUAUUCUAUUUAUCUAUUUUAUAUUUUCUAUCUUUGUUUAUCUAUGAAAUCUAUCUUUAUUCUAUCUAUCUAUCUAUCUAUCUAUCUAUCUAUCUAUCUUUUCAUACCUAUUUUAGUAUUUUCAUAUUAUUUAUCUAUCUAUGAAAUCUAUCUUUAUUCAUAUCUAUCUAUCUAUCAAUCAAUCUAUCUAUCUAUCUAUUUUCAUACCUAUUUUAGUAUUUUCAUAUCAGUUUAUCUAUCUAUGAAAAUCUAUUCUUUAUUCAUAUCUAUAUCAUCUAUCUAUCUAUCUAUCUAUCUAUUUUCAUAUCUAUUUUAUCUAUUAUCUAUCUAUUUAUCUAGUUCAAAUAUCUAUUUAAUAUAUAUAUCUAUCUAUCAAUCUAUAUAUCUAUCUAUCUAUUUUUCAUACCUAUUUUAUAUUUCAUAUCAUUUAUCUAUCUAUGAAUCUAUCUUAUUAUAUCUAUCUAUCUAUCUAUCUAUCUAUCUAUUUUCAACCUAUUUAUCUAUUUUCAUUCUAUCACUAUGUAAAUCUAUCUUAUCAUAUCUAUCUAUCUAUCUAUCUAUCUAUCUAUCUAUCUAUCUAUUUAUCAUAAUCUCUAUUUUACUAUCUUUUAUCUUUAUUCAUAUCUAUCUAUCUAUCAAUCUAUCUAUCUAUCUAUUUAUCAUACCUAUUUUAGUAUUUUCAUAUCAUUUAUCUAUCUAUGAAAUCUAUCUUUAUUCAUAUCUAUCUAUCUAUUAUCUAUCUAUCUAUCUAUCUAUUUUCAUAUCUAUUUUAGUAUUUUCAUAUCUAUUAUCUAUCUAUCUAUCUAUCUAUAUUCUAUCUAUCUAUCUAUCAAUCUAUCUAUCUAUCUAUUUCAUAUUUAUACUAUCUAUGAAAUCUAUCUUUAUUCAUAUCUAUCUAUCUAUCAAUCUAUCUAUCUAUCUAUUUUCAUAUCUAUUUUAG